UGCGACGGUGUCACCCCUGAGUGCUCCCACUGCAAACAGAAGGGCAAAAGUUGUCGGUAUCAUUUCGGCGAUGACAAGAGACGAGUAUCUCAUCGCGUCGCGGUCGAUAUACUAUUUGAGCGGAUCGGACAGCUUCAGGCCUUCAUCGCCAAGCACAAUCUUGAGCCACCGGAGUGGAAUAAGGAGUCGGAAUCAGUGCUGAGCAGGCUUGGGUUUGAUCAUCAUUUAGGAAAUGAAGGCAUUUCGAAUUUCGUCAAUGCUCAGAGCCACCGAGAACGCACACAAAGCAAUUCGCCAGCCACGCCAGAAGAUCAGCUCGAGCAAUUUGCGCACAUAUCCCCAAAAGACCAGCACCGUUCUAGGCUUGACGGUGUCUCUAUUCAUGCAUCGGGACCUUCUUCUGGUAUCGCCGUCAACGGAUCUCCACAGUUUGAUGAGACGUUGAACGCCGGCACCUCAACAAACGCCGUUACGAGCCUUGACACUUCACCUCCUGCGAUGGCUGUUGAACAGGCGAUGGGUGAUCUACAAUCAAGCGACUGGUGCAGCAUAGAUGCAGAGACGGCAAUAAGCGCUCCAGAUCUAUUCAACCUCAGCCCGGAAGCAUAUCUUCAAUGUCAUAACCCCCUCACCUUGUACGAGCAGUCCACUUUCGUCCCAGAUGUCAGUUGUCCCUCAUUAUCGGACGGGGCCUCGAGCGAGAUCGAUGCAACGGAGGCCCUUGUAGAUCAGCUUUCUGAUCGCGUGGGUACUCUACAGAUCAGUCCAGAUGGACAAACGCGAUUCUAUGGGCCAACAUCAAACUUCAACCUUGUCGAUAUGCCAGCCCCAGACAACCUCACUGUUCACCGGACUGUACGCUAUGACGGUUCUGACUACCUUGAGCGCUUAGGCCUUGAGAAGGAAGUCCCCGCUGAGCUCGAGCGGCACCUUUCGGAUUUAUAUUUCGCUUGGCAGGAUCCCUCACUUCACGUAGUCGAUCAAGCCAUGUACGCUGAAGCGAAGCGACGUUGGAGGGAGGAGGAAGAAGAAACGCCAUACUUCUCUGAAUCUUUGUGCAAUGCAAUCUGUGCAUUAGGUGCCGCAUUCGAACCCCGCUAUCACCCAUCAUUUGUCACAUUCCCAAGAUCACUGGCCGACUUUUUUGCUGAUAGAGCAAAAACACUGAUCGAAAUUGAGUUGGACUGUCCCAGUGUUGCUACUGUUCAGGCAAUGGUUGUCAUCAGCGGUCAUGAUAUCGGGUGCAAGCGAGAUGCUCGUGGCUGGCUCUAUAGUGGAAUGGCAAUGCGGCUGGCCUUCCACCUAGCCUUGCAUAUGGACAUGACAGCCUACGUAGAAAGGGGCAUUUUGAAACCAGAAGAGGCUGAGAUCCGAAGGACCGCGUUCUGGGGUGCUUAUAUCGCCGACCACUUGUGGGGACUCUUAUUAGGUCGACCAUUCCGAACGAACAUGGAAGAUGUCACAGUCGACAAGCCAAAGGAGAUCGCCAAUAUGAGCUCCCCCCAGAUCUGGGUUCAGUACUGCUCCGCACAGCCGGGAAACGAGGGCCUUUCCUUGGCUGAUUAUACUGAAAUAAUAAGUCGUGAGCGAAUAUCAUUGUGCGAGAUUAUGGCACCACUGGGAUAUGCAUUGUAUGGAUGCCGGACUAUACCGCCAACAGUGCUUCAAGAAAUGAACAUGAAAGCUGUCAAUGACCUUCUAAAUUGGAAGAACAACCUUCCUCAGGAGCUUCAAGUUGACUUGGAAAACGUGAAGAGGCCAUAUCUACCACAUGUUCUCUUUCUCCAUAUGCAAUAUUACCAAAACAUGAUCCACGCACAUAGGCCGUGGAUGUCCAGACUUGGUCAGCCGACCCCUCCAAAAGGCCCCGGUUGCGAGCAUGCUCGUAUGAUGUGCAUCGAAUCCGCUGCUACUAUUGGGAAACUUCUCUACAUCUACGAGCUCCAGUACUCGUUUAAGAGGAUGAAUAUCCACGGUGUUGGUAUCACUUGUUCUGCGGCCUCCCUUCUCAUCUUUGCCUCUAUCAGUAACAACACGACACUAUCCCCUCACGAUACGGCAUGCCAUCUCAACGCCUGCCUUCGUGCCCUGGAUUGUUUCAGCUCGUCAUGGGAGACGGCCAAGAAGGCGCGCGAUUUCUUGGCCAUGCUUCAGCGUAAAUGGGGCAUACAAGGGCGCGGCGGUACAGCUGGGAAGAAACGGACCAGAGCGCCAAGCUUAACUAGACAUCUAGAGAGGCAUCAGUCGCUCAAGAUGCAUCCAACAGGGCACAAAAAUACCGUCAGUGCGAUGGGCCAGGAGGCAAGCAUUGACCUGAGUUGGUUUCUGAACGACGAUAGUUAUAUUGUUUAA